UUGCAAGUAUUAAACUGGCAGUUGCACACUUGCAAGUAUUUAACUUGCAGUUGCACACUUUGAAGUGUUGAGCAGUUGAACACUUAGUUUAUCAGUGCUCUCGCGCCGUCAGGCCUACAUGGUGUUGCCUAGACAGCAGGGGCUUAUUCAGAAAAUAUUCUCGGAAAACCGGUAACUUAGUCCUCAUCUUUCCAAAAAAAGAUUUCCAAAGUUUAACUCAAGUUUAUCCUUUCCAAACUUCUCAUUCUCAACAAAGCUGUGAGGUCAGAAACACCUUUAAAAACAUACGAAACUCUACUAAUUGAACAAAAUCAAAUCGAUAUGUUGUUAGAUUAAAAUUAGCACAAACAUUCUGACAGGCGACGGUGAGAUCAGACGUCAGCGUCAGCCAGGUGAACUUGACGGUGCAAAACACGCGACGCCUAUGGGUGUCACUACGAGCCCUGUACAACGACGUGAGCUACCGGUUCGUGGAUGUGUUCCAGCUGCUGCACCUGCUCUUGAGCCUGAUCCUCGCUGUGUACAUGUUCCACGUCUUUCGCAUCACGGAGUUGAUGUUUAAUCUGGUCCUUGAAGGGGGAUUUGUAGUCUACUCGCUGCUGCAGCUUGGGAUCAUCACGAACGAAGCUCAUAUGGCGGUCGAAAAGAUGUUCGGCCCGUUCGUCGGGGUCCUGGAUGGGCUCUGCACCGAUGAUACACGCCUAGCGCAGACGGUGUCUUUAUUUUACCACAGCAUGGCAGCAUACCCUGCCACGCUCACUUUGGGCGGUUUUACCAAGAUAGGGCGUCCCCUCUUCACAUCAGUUUUGUCUGCUACUGUGACAUAUAUAGUAAUAAUGCUGCAAUUCCAGCAGAGUGACAGUACAGUGGUUGAAAGCACAGUUCAAAAUACAAGUGAUACUUAUUCAAGAAAUACGGAAGUACAGACUUAUAUUUUGAAAAGUUCAUGCCACUCACCAGUCACAGUUCUGCAAGUUCCACCGGCAGCAUGUACAGCACCCGACUUGCCAGUUCCAUGCCAACAGAUGACAACUACACCUCUAUGGUUGAGUUGACUGAGGUAGGUAUUGUAGUUGUGCUGGCAAAGAUGUACCAUCCAGUGUUUAAAGAAGGCUGGAUCAGCUGGGAUCAGCAGGCCACAUGACUUUUGGUCAAACCGGGUCAAACACAUCAUUUGUUGAACAAAAAUGCCACAAAGCAGUUAAGUGGAAACAGAAACAUUGAUUUAUUCAGUUUUAAAAGAAGUCCAUUACCAGUGAAAUGUUUUAAAAAUAAAUUAUGAUAAUACUUCAAAUUUUAAAAUUUGAAUUUGAAUAAAACCUAAUGCGACAUAAAUGUACAGCUUGGAAUGGGACUAACAAUAUGAAACUGAUUAGCAAAUCGUGACUCACUUACAAA